UUGUUUGUUGACUUCUAUUAAGUUACUCCCAGUACAGCUCAGCAUUUCACUGUAUUUUUAUAGUAGACAGGCUCCAUGACCUCUUUUACUUCUGAUUUCUGAGAUGUUUUUUUCUCAGACAAAAGAGAAUGUAAGAAACUGCUGGAAUAUUCUAAUUUAUGGUGAUAGGAAACAGAAUCCAGAACCUUAACUGCAGUCCCAUGAUGAUCACCAGCAAUUAAUGCCGGCAGGUUCUCUUCGGAAAAAGAAGCUGGCGAGAAGACCUGGAUACAUGAGGCCAGAAGCUCAGCGACAGAUCGAGUUUCAGUCCCUGGGUGCCUGCACGGGGCUCAGCCCAGCAGAGCUCCAGCAUGGCAGGCAGCACUGUGCAGGCUCUGAGAGCUGUGCUCUGCACAGACAGUGCCAAAAUGACCUGGAAUUCCUGUGCUGUAGUGCUGUAGUACCUGCUAAUGGGGUAACAGCCUUGGCCGCUACUGGAGAUACGCCAGGAUGCUGCGAAAAUCUUUCAUGUUACAAUAGUCCACGGUCAGAGAGCACAGGGAUAGGGAUCUGCCCUGCUGCCACAGCAGGCAAAGGAGGUGCUUCUGCUGUGUGCUGUACAUGGCAGAAAAACUGCAGCACCAAAGUGAACAAGCCUCCAAACAUGUAUGCUUUGGAUCAGACAGAAGUGAAUAACAACUGUGAAUAUCAAAACAGAGAUGAUAUUUCUCAUUCUGCUGGUACACAUGAUAGCUUUAGUUCAAAUUUCAGCUUCAUACAGCUCUCCUUGAACUUAGCCUCUGGAGUAAAUGAUGUUGAAGGCAAAUCUAUUGAGGAAACGGAGAUUGUUCCCGUUGUUCCCAAAACCACAAGCAAUCUGCAGAAUCCAGAAGAGAUGGCACAAACCCAUGAACACUUGGGAGAUUUGUGUUGCUUCUCCAGGUCCGGUGAAGAUUUGCAGCAUGAGCACCCAGUAAAUGAUAAAUUACAGGACAGUGAGACUGUCUCUCUCUCGGAUAUAGAUGCAACAUUUUCAUAUUCUACAGAUUCCUCGGAUGCAGCAUCUGCUGGCUCUUCUGUCACCUCAGGCUAUGAAAGUGGCUUUACUGUCAGUGACCAUAACUGGGAUACUUUGAUGAAAAAAUAUGAACCAGUGCUACAGGAUUGCUUGCUUGGCAACCGCAGUACGUUAAAGUUAAAAUCCUUGAUCUUGCGACUUCGGAGGCUUCAGGAAAAAGCAAUAGAGGAAGAUGACUAUGAUAGAGCUGAUAAAUUUAGGCGGAAACUGGAAGAACUGGAGAAGGAGAAAAAUACUUUAAAAUUUCAGCUUCCUUCAAGGCAUCCCUCAGUUAGCAGUUUUUUGGAUAGGUUCAUGACCCAAGUUCAGUCAACAUUGCACUGGGCUGCUGAUCAGUGGGUUAGACCUGAAGAAAAUGGUCUUUGUCAUGAAAAAGAGCACAGACUUUUGAGAUCAACUUCCCAGGAGAGGACGCAGGUUUCGGCCACAAAACGAAAUCAGCUUUUUCAAGAAAGGAAGCGGUUACAGAAAGAGAUUGAAGAUCUCCGAACAAGGCUGUCCGUAUUAGAAGGAAAAGAUCAACAGCUGAGAAGAGAAAUUGAAGAACAAGAUAGGCUUAUUCAGUCACAGGACUGUGAACUGGCUGCUUUACUUGGCUGCAUUUCUUUAAGAGAGCUGCAGGAAAUAAGCAAGGCUGUGGAUGACACUUUAGCAUUCUCCUAUCGAAUUCCAUUCAGUUUAGAUCUUCCAGGAGCGAUAAAGAGCCUUCAGGAAAAAGAACAAUUGUUCAGCACAUCCAUUAAAGAAACUACUGCCAAGGUUUGCACGAGUCAGAAACUCUGCAGUACUUUGAGGAGGAAAGUGAGUGAUAUUGAGACUCAACUACCAGCUCUACUCGAAGCCAAAAUGCUGGCUGUUUCAGGAAGUAAUUUCGGCACUGCGAAGGAUCUUGCAGAAGAAAUAAGAUCAUUAACAUCUGAGAAAGAGGGACUGGAAGGACUUCUCAAUGAACUUUCGGUUCUGAGUGCCAGAAAUACGCAAAAACUAGAGAGAAUUAAGGAUGACUACACCAGAUUGAAACAAGAGCUUGAACAAGGAGAGGCUGCCUUUGUGACCAGUGUAAAAGAAAAUGCUGAGAAGUACAUGGAGAUUCUGGAGGAUAAACUACAUAGCUGCGGGAGCCAGCUGCUCCAAAGAGUGUGGGAAGCUGACUUGGAGGCCUGUCAGCUGUUGAUCCGAGGAUUUCAGCUGAAAGAAAGCAGUUGCUGUGUUUUUGAGGAAGAAGAGAACCAAAUGGAUGAGAUGGAGAUGACUGCUGAUGCCCCACCUGAUUCUGAAAAAAGAAAAGAAGGUCACUUUCUAAAGAGCACAGAGUGGGGUGCUGUUUCCUGCCCAAAACACAGGGAGCUGAAAGAGGUUAUGGAAGACGUUUCAUUUGGAACAGAGGGUCAUUUAUCUGAGGAGUUCUUCAUAUUUUCUGCAGCGUUGGGAGAAAAAUGUGAAGCAAUAAGUGAGAAACUGGUGCAUCUGGAAGAUCAAUUGCAAAGUUCUGCCUGCAGAGUUGAUGAAGGAGUUCUUCAGUCUCUGCAGAGGGAGAUCCAGGUGGUGAAGGAGACACUCCAGACCGUGCUGGUGCAACUUCAGUCAGCCAAGGAGGCAGGAGAAGAAAAGGCUGGAGACUUCCUCUGUGACAGCUGGUGUCCAGAAAAACAAGACUUGAAGGAAUAAUGAGCAGAAAGAGCUGGUAGGAUGACAUUAAUUCACAAAGGGCUGCUUUUAGUAACUGAAUACUGUUUUACUAAGCCUCAGGGAUCUCUUCUCUCCCCUGCAUAACUAAUAACUAAAUCAAUUAUGGAGAAACAGAGCCUGGAGGUCUAUCAUCAGAAGUAUGCUACGCAGCCUCACAUGUUUUGGCACAGAUUGGGAAACAGCUUUCAGAGCAGAGCAGCUCCUGUAAAUGUGUAGAUUACAAAUUGAUACAUUUCAAGUGAGUCUGCAAAGUUGCCUUUAAUGUCAGUAAAGUGUUCUCCUUGAAGGCUCAUAAACACUGUCUUCCUCUACUCAUGGAUUUUUUUUC